CAAGAGCAAGAAUCAGUAGUUUUGUCGUGCUCCCAUCGUCGGUGUUGUGUGGAACGGUGUUCUUCUAUUCGCGUUCUUGGGUGGUUUGUUUCGAUUCCAGCGCCCGGCAGCAAAACGGAUCCGGAAUUAUUAUUGUCGACAGGAAAAAAAAGGCGUGUACGGUUGUGCAAAAGUGAGGGAAUUUCCUGUCUUCCGCGGUUGUCUCGGAUCGGACGGACAGGUUCGCGAUCGCAGCUUGCUGCAGUCAGUGUGUGUGUUGGUGGUGGUGGUUGAAGAACGUCGGUCCGUCGUGUAGAGACAGGGCAGACACGUUGGUUGGUUGACUGGUCGUUGCGGCGCGGAUCGAGUGAGCAAGGGGUGUGUCACCGUUGGGAACGAGAGGAGGAAGUUCAAGAAAUUCCGUUCCAUGUCCGCGAUCUUCACCAACCGAGUGGAAGCGAAAAAGUUGGAUCAGAAAACGGUGGAUUUUGAUCGCGUUUUGCUUCUGUGUAUGUGCGAUCAUCCGUAAACAAUAGUCGGGGCUACUCUUGUCAAGAGUGCUGGUGUCAAAGUCGGGAGGUAAUAAACAAAAAAAAUACACAAAACAGCAGCUCAGUGACAACCGGACAAAACCGAAGUGCGAUCGCGCAGCUAGUUCAGCAAGAGUGGAAGUGAAGAAGCAGUGAUUCAAUACUAUUGCGGUGUGUUUUUAUUGAUAAUUUUUCGAGGUGAAGAUCCUUCCACCCACGGCCAAGAAGAGAAGGUGUAAUUGCAGCAUUAUUGCUUCAUACCUGUAUUAAUUUCGGAAGGGUGCAAAGGAAUUUCGCGUUUGUAUUUUCCUAGUGAGUGAGCGAGAAAGCGAAGGAAUUUUGUGCCCCGAGACAAACAUCAGCAGCAGCUUCAGAGCGUACAUACAGGGGAACGACGGAGCGGAACUACUCAGCAAACUCAAAAUGGCGGAAUCAUAUUAUCAGGGCGAAUACAUCAAACACCCGGUACUGUACGAACUCAGUCACAAGUAUGGACUCGCAGACAACCUACCGGAGAGCCUACUGCCCAAUCGGCUGGAAGAGAUCAAAGAAGCCAUCCGGCGGGAGAUUCGCAAGGAGCUCAAAAUCAAAGAAGGUGCGGAAAAACUCCGGGAAGUGGCCACCGACCGCCGUUCGCUCUCGGACGUGGCCUCCAUAGUCAAGAAGAGCAACAACAAGCUGGCAGAACUCAAAUCCGAACUACACGAGCUGGAAAGCCAGAUCAUACUGACGCAGGGCAACAGCGUCAGCAGCAGCAACGGACAGGACAUGAUCCCCUCGCCCGUCACGCCGAGCGGCCCGGCCGAGCUCACCCCCAACGACAAACUGCUCAUCUCGCUGGAAAAGCAGCUCAGUAUAGAAACCAAGGUGAAAAACGGGGCGGAAAACAUGAUCCAAUCGAUCUCCAGCGGACACCACGGGCGUGAUAAGAAGCUCCUGGCCGAAGCGCACCAGAUGCUUGCCGAUUCAAAAGCCAAAAUCGAAUUCCUCCGGUUACGGAUACUGAAGGUCCGACAGUACAAGCUCAACAACAAAGUGUCCGAAGAGAACGGCGAAAACAGGCCCCGGGACUGGGAAACGUCACUGGAGGACCGGAUCGACGAACUGAGGCACCGGUUGCGGAUCGAGGCGGCCGUGGUAGACGGCGCGAAGAAUGUCAUUCGGACGCUGCAGAGUACAAAAACGAUCGAUAAGAAGGCACUGCAAGAGGCUCAAACCCGCCUAUCGGAAUCCUCCCGCAAGCUGGACCUGCUCCGGAAAGCGCUCGAACUGCGACGGUUAGAACUGCCCCAGGACUCUCAGGCGGCGAUACAGCUCAAGGCCGAACUGCAGAAUGUGCAAGCAUCGAGUCCGGUCCCCGUACAGUACACCUCCCUGCAUCCGUUCCGUGGCACCGCCCAAGGCAAGCCAGCCCACAGUCUGUCGUUCAGUCGAUGCGCCGCUGUUACCGGUAAGCUCGAGGUCCGUCUGAUGGGCUGUCAGGACCUGCUGGAGGAUGUACCUGGACGAUCGCGACGCGACAAGGACUCCAGCUCCAGUCCGGGAGACCUGAAAAGCUUCGUCAAGGGUGUCACCAGUCGGAGCUCGUCCAAGAGCUACAGCGUGAAGGACGAAACAUCAUCGGAGAUUAUGGCUGUUAUUAAGUUAGACAACAUCACGGUUGGUCAAACGUCGUGGAGGCCCUGCUCGCAGCAGGCAUGGGAUCAGCGCUUCUCGAUAGACCUAGACCGAUCGCGGGAGCUGGAGAUCGGUAUCUACUGGAGGGACUGGCGAUCGCUCUGUGCGGUCAAAUUCCUACGCCUGGAGGAGUUCAUCGACGACAUCCGGCACGGGAUGGCUCUGCAGCUGGAACCGCAGGGUCUCCUGUUUGCCGAGAUCAAAUUCCUCAAUCCGAUGAUAUCGCGCAAACCAAAGCUACAACGGCAGAGGAUGAUCUUCAACAAGCAGCAGGUUAAGAACAUCCCACGGGCGAAGCAGAUGAACAUCAACGUGGCGACCUGGGGUCGACUGCUAAAGCGAAACAACAACACACCGGCGGCAGGAACCGCCGGAACACAGCCAAUGAUCACUACCCCAUCGACACCGAGCAGCACAGUGUCGGCUCCAUUCGAUGUCGUGACGGAACACGAACCGGUGGAGACGCUUGGUGAAUCAGCCGACCUGAAUACCGUCGGACUGGGCGGUGGAAGACCGCUUGGAAUCCACGGUGUCGCCGUCCUACCGGAAAGCCCAUCGUCACAUUCGCUGCAGAACCAGGUUACCUCCGCGACGGGAAUGCGACCGUUGCCGCAGCCCCACUCCAUCAGCACGCCACCUAGUUUCCGCCAGCAGAAGAAACCCCCCAUGCCAUCACAGCUUCCACAGCAGCAAAUCAGCUCGCCAACGUCCAGCAAAAUGGACCAAGAGUUACAGAAUGCCUUGAAGGAGUUCGACUUCCUCCAUCAGCACGACAGUAGUCUCAGUGAAAGUUUGCGGGGUCACCAGCAGCAGCAGGAGAUGGCACCGCAAUUUGCCAGCCAGUCCUACCCGGAACAUCAGAGCAACUCCAACGGCAGCGAGCAUGAGGAUGACGAUGUACCCCCGCCUGCCCUACCUGAAUCACCCCCACCAACGAAGACGACGACGGCGAUGAUGAUGGCCCUGCAGAAAUCGCUCUCGGGAGAUUUGCUCCGACCUGUCCUAUCGAUGCCUCCGGUUGUUCUGAUGGGCGGUGGGGAAGUGGGCAACCGGGACAGUUACAUUUCCUACACCACGGGCAGUCCGAUCAUUGAGGAACCGCCGUCUCCGGCGCCGGUAGUGGAGUAUCCGUUCGAGGACUAUGGCGUCUAUUCGGUGUCAGUCAGCGAAGGUGACGGGACGUACGACGAAAUUAUCGAGAUCAUCCAACCCUUCGACCAGCUGGGCGUAUCGGGCAAUGUUGUACCACUGCAACCAUCACAUCACCACCCACAGGCGCAAGCGGCGGCCGUUGCAGCCGCGGCAGCCCUCCAACAGCAACAGUACUACCAACAGCAACUGCUACUUCAACAACAGCAACAACAAGCUGUCCAACAGCAACCGCAGCAACCGCAACUGCCACAGCAGGAUCUGGCGGUUGCCGGUCCAGCUGCGAUACCAAACCGCCGGCAGGGACCGGCACGGACCCUCCAGUAUCGGGACAGUGCGUACGAAAGCCGCCGGCAGUCGCAGGCCGGUGCCCCUGGAAUGCAAAUCGACAGCUUCCGGUUGCUGAGCGUCCUCGGUAGGGGUCACUUCGGCAAGGUCAUUCUGGCCCAGUACAAAAACACCGGCGAGUACUUUGCCAUCAAGGCGCUCAAGAAGGGCGACAUCAUCGCUCGGGACGAGGUCGAAUCGUUGCUCAGCGAGAAGCGCAUCUUCGAGGUGGCCAACACGAUGCGGCACCCGUUCCUGGUGAAUCUGUUCGCUUGCUUCCAGACUGAGCAACACGUGUGUUUCGUGAUGGAGUACGCCGCCGGAGGGGAUUUGAUGAUGCACAUCCACACGGACGUGUUCUCCGAGCCACGGGCGGUGUUCUACGCUGCCUGCGUGGUUCUUGGCCUGCAGUAUCUGCACGAAAGCAAAAUCAUCUACCGGGACUUGAAGCUCGACAAUCUACUGCUGGAUACGGAAGGUUACGUCAAAAUUGCCGACUUUGGUCUGUGCAAGGAAGGCAUGGGCUUUGGCGAUCGGACGGGAACGUUCUGCGGUACGCCGGAGUUCCUAGCCCCGGAAGUGCUCACCGAGACGUCGUACACGCGGGCCGUCGAUUGGUGGGGAUUGGGAGUGUUGAUCUUCGAAAUGCUUGUCGGAGAGUCACCAUUCCCGGGAGACGACGAAGAGGAAGUGUUCGACUCGAUCGUCAACGAUGAGGUUCGGUAUCCGAGGUUCUUGUCGCUGGAGGCGAUAGCCAUUAUGAGAAGGCUUUUGCGUAAAAACCCGGAACGGCGGCUUGGCUCGUCGGAACGGGACGCUGAGGAUGUUAAGCGACAGGCCUUCUUCCGAAACAUCGGCUGGGACGAUCUGCUGCUCAGGAAGGUGAAACCUCCGUUCGUGCCAACCAUUCGCUCCCCGGAGGACGUAUCGAACUUCGACGAGGAGUUCACAUCGGAGAAGGCCGCCCUGACGCCACCGAAGGACCCGCGUGUCCUGACCGAGAGCGAACAGACUUACUUCAAGGACUUUACCUACAUGGCCGACUGGUGUUGACAGUGAGCGGACCUGGCAGGGCGACUACUGGCGUAACGUAAUGGUUUCCCCCUCCAGAUUACAUACCUAUUCCUUCUAUCACCACCAUGAUCAGCAUCAGAGACCAUGAUUCGUUCGUUAUUCUGUUUCUUAUACUCUUAACGCGAGCAGCUAUACCUACAGACACGCUUCCAUGCAUAUCACACUUAUUAUCCCUUGGUUCGUAAAGGAGCAGCAUGAACGCGGAAAAUGAAUGCAAAACUGUUAAUAUAUUAUUGUAAGAACAGAAAUUAGACAAAUAAAAGUUUACUGUUGGACAAAAACAAAAAAAAAAUGAAGCAAAAUAUGUGUAGCUACAGCAAAUGUCUUCCAAAAAGACACAAAGGGAUAAACUAAAAAUCAGGAAUCGUACCGCGGCUUCUCUUUCCUUUUAGACGAAUUUAAGCUUAACCGUUGUAUAGGCAUUCACUCACUCACUCACAGAUCAGAGAAGACUACAUAUAAGAGGAGAGCAACCGAAAAGUAAUAAUAUUGUAAGGUGCCUUUUUUUUUACUUGUUGUUGAAAUUGUUCCACACGCACCCAGGCCGAACAGGUUGGUUGGACCAUCCGGAGAAGUUUCCAUUCUUUCCUGAGUUGGAGCGCACCCUUAUUAUUGUACACUGUGGCGAUAGUUUUAAUAUGAUUACCUAGGUAAUUUCCCUGCAGGAAUUAAAUUCACACACACACAGACAGACAGCUAAAAAUGUAAUCAUUCGGAACGGAAGAUGAUUAAGACGUGUAGGAAAGUUGUUUUUAGAAAGCCUUUAUUUAUGAAUGUAGCCUUUUUUUCCUGUUCAGAUUUACGAAUUUCGCUCUACCACUUUUCUUUUUUAAAUGCAGAUUUUUUUU